AUGAUAGAAGAAGAUACAACAAUAAAGCGACCUUAUUUAUUAGCAAAAUCUAUUUCUAAUACUACCAUUACAACUCAAGUUACUAUAUUUAAUAUACAUGCUUGUAAUAAUGAAGAGUUAAUAAAUAGAUUAUCAUCUAUAAACAAUGGUUGUACUCAACAGAAUUUAGUAUUUCAAAAACAAUCUUCUUUGGUUGGUGAUAAAAAUUCUUUAAAUCAUCCAAAAAAUGUACUUCAACUAACUAAUGAAAUUAACCGAGUUAAUCGAGAAUAUAAAAGUCUUAAACAAUACCAAGAUCCUUUAAAAUUAUCAAUGCAGCGUGUACAAGCAAAAAUAAUACGAAAUAAGCUACCUAUUAAGGAUUCUAUAUCACCAUUAUCAUCCUCUUCUUCUUCAUCAGCAUCGUCAUCUGCUGCAUCUUCUUAUUCUUCUGUUUCUAGCAUGUUUUUAUUACAAAGGCAUCAAAGAAGAACAUCAUCCUAUAAUGAUUAUUUAAUGAAGAGCCAUAAUAAAGACGAUAGAAGGCAUUCACUCUCAUCUUAUUUCUUCAGUGAUAGCAAUAAAACCUUAGCAUCUCCUGGUUUUAUAGGUCGAUUUUUUCAUGGUUCUCCCAUUAAUAACCAACAACGUCACAGCUUAGCAACUUCUCAUAUUUAAGAAUGAUGGCUAUCAUGUAUAAUAUCUUCAAUUCACACUUAU